AUGGGACUGGUUGAUAUGGGGUAUGAAGGCUCUCCUUUCACGUGGGUGAAAAGGAAUGGAAAUAAUGGUAUCAUCCAAGAGCGGCUUGAUCGUAUGUUAUGCAACGAACAAUGGAUGGACCUUUUUCCUUGUUCUUCGGUGACUCAUUUGGCGUUGUGGGGCUCGGAUCAUCGGCCUAUUCUAACUACGAUUUGUCAAGAGAUCUAUACUCCUUCCGGAGCUCAUUCGAAACCUCGGUUUUUCUUUGAAAUGGCUUGGGCUAAUGAACCGGAGUGCGCGAAGUUGUGUUCAAGCGAACAAAGGAGGCAAUUAAAAAGAAAAAAAAAGGAGCUUAUUCAACUUGAAAUUAUUAAUGAUGAAGCUGCUUGGAAAAAGUAUAAAUGGGUGGAAAAGGAACUCGAUAUUUUGGUUUAUAAAGAUGAGAAAUAUUGGGCUUCUAGAUCCAAGUCCUCUUGGUUAAAAGUGGGGGAUAAGAAUACCUCUUUCUUCCAUAAAUCUGUAUCGGCCCGCAAGAAGAAGAAUGUGAUUAAAGGUGUAAGCAAUGGUGCUAAUUCUUGGGUGGUGGAUGCGAAUGCCAUUGAGCAUGAAUUUGUUAGCUACUUUGACCAUUUGUUUACAUCUGAUGCUCCCCCCAUUAAUGAUCUUAAUCGGGUUUUUGAUCUAGUGCUGCUGAAAGUUUCGGCGGUUAUGAAUGCUUAA